AUGGAAGGUAUUUUAGAUUUCUCCAAGGAAUUGGAUAUUACUCUGUUAGACCAAGUGGUUGAGACUUUCUAUCAGGGCUCAGGUGCUCAGCAGAAAGAAGCUCAGACUAUAUUAACGAAAUUUCAAGAACAUCCAGAUGCAUGGCAAAGUGCAGACAAGAUCUUGCAGUUUUCCCAAAAUCCACAUGCCAAAUUCAUCGGGUUGAGUAUCCUAGAUAAGUUGAUUACCACUAAAUGGAAACUAUUACCACAAGAACAUAGAAUUGGUAUCAGAAAUUUUAUUGUAGGUAUGAUUAUCUCAAUGUGCCAGGAUGACACAGUAUUUCAAACUCAAAAAAAUCUGAUUAAUAAGUCUGAUUUGACUCUUGUUCAAAUUCUAAAACAAGAAUGGCCCCAAAAUUGGCCAGAGUUUAUCCCUGAACUGAUCGGCAGUUCUUCAGCUUCUGUUAAUGUUUGUGAAAAUAAUAUGGUUAUUUUGAAACUUUUAUCUGAGGAAGUCUUUGACUUCUCUGCCGAACAAAUGACACAGGCAAAAGCUCUUCACUUAAAGACUUCCAUGUCAAAGGAGUUCGAACAAAUCUUCAAACUGUGUUUCCAAGUUUUGGAACAAGGAUCCUCUCCUUCAUUGAUAGUAGCUGCUCUAGAGUCUCUUCUCAGAUAUUUACACUGGAUUCCUUACCGUUAUAUUUAUGAAACAAACAUAUUGGAGUUAUUGAGCACAAAGUUUUUAGCAUCUGCAGAUACUAGAUCCGUGACUUUAAAAUGUUUGACCGAAGUAUCGAGUUUAGAUCUACCAGAUAACAAUAGCUCAAUGCAACAACAAACUGUCCAAUACUUCCAAAACACGUUACAGCAGAUAGCUUCAAAUGUCAUCCCAGUGACUGCCGAUUUGAAAUCAACUUAUGCUACUGCAAAUGGUUCUGAUCAAUCUUUUCUGCAGGAUUUUGCUAUGUUUUUGACAACGUAUUUAAGCCACCACAGAUCUUUACUAGAAAGUAACGAGAACUUGAAAGAACUACUACUGAACGCUCAUCAAUAUUUAAUACAACUAUCCAAGAUUGAUGAAAGAGAACUAUUCAAAACGACAUUGGAUUACUGGCAUAACUUGGUUUCAGACUUAUUUUAUGAAGUUCAACAUUUACCAGCUAAUGAAUUAAACCCAUUGAUGCAGUUAUCUGUAGGAUCUCAGGCUGUUUCGACAGGAUCAGGUGCUAUCAGUCCUGAAUUUAUGAAGAGAUUCCCAUUAAAAAAACACAUCUACGAAGAAAUAUGCUCACAAUUGAGGUGGGUCAUUAUAGAAAAUAUGGUGAAGCCAGAGGAAGUUUUAGUGGUGGAAAAUGACGAAGGUGAAAUUGUCAGAGAAUUUGUUAAAGAAUCAGAUACAAUUCAAUUAUACAAAUCUCAAAGAGAAGUUUUGGUUUACCUUACCCAUCUAAACGUAAUCGACACUGAAGAAAUAAUGAUUAGUAAGCUUGCCAGACAGAUCGACGGGUCCGAAUGGUCUUGGCAUAAUAUUAAUACUCUGUCUUGGGCUAUCGGUUCAAUAUCUGGUACAAUGACCGAAGAUACUGAAAAAAGAUUUGUUGUUACAGUCAUUAAGGAUUUGCUUGCUCUAACUGAAAAGAAAAGAGGUAAAGACAACAAAGCUGUUGUUGCCUCUGACAUCAUGUAUGUUGUUGGCCAAUAUCCAAGAUUUUUGAAAGCUCACUGGAACUUUUUGCGUACAGUUAUCCUUAAAUUAUUUGAAUUUAUGCAUGAAACACACGAAGGUGUCCAAGAUAUGGCUUGUGAUACUUUUAUCAAGAUUGUUCAAAAAUGUAAGUAUCACUUUGUUAUUCAACAACCUCGCGAAUCGGAACCAUUUAUUCAAACAAUCAUAAGAGAGAUCCAGAAAACAACCUCUGAUUUGCAACCACAACAAGUUCAUACAUUUUACAAGGCUUGUGGUAUUAUUAUAUCUGAAGAGAGAAACACAGUUGAAAGAACUAGAUUACUAAGUGAACUAAUGCAACUUCCAAAUAUGGCAUGGGAUGCCAUUGUUGAGCAAUCUACUGCAAACCCUGCUCUUUUAUUGGAUGCUGAGACAGUCAAAAUUAUUGCUAAUAUCAUUAAAACUAAUGUCGCUGUUUGUAGUUCAAUGGGUGCCGAUUUCUAUUCUCAAUUGGGCCAUAUCUAUUACAACAUGCUGCAACUUUAUAGAGCUGUUUCUUCAAUGAUAUCUGAACAAGUUGCUAAGGAAGGUCUUAUUGCAACAAAGACUCCAAGAGUGCGUGGUCUGCGAACCAUCAAAAGGGAAAUAUUAAAACUGAUAGAGAUCUACAUCUCUAAAGCUAAAAAUCUAGAGGAGGUUGUCAAGGUUUUGGUGGAACCACUACUGAACGCAGUCUUAGAAGACUACAUGAACAACGUCCCUGAUGCUAGAGAUGCAGAGGUCUUGAAUUGUAUGACUACUGUAGUAAGUAAAGUUGGUCAUAUGAUCCCACAAGGUGUUAUUUUAAUUCUACAAAGUGUGUUUGAAUGUACACUAAAUAUGAUCAAUAAGGAUUUUACGGAAUACCCUGAGCAUAGAGUAGAAUUUUACAAGCUAUUGAGAGUGAUAAAUGAAAAGUCAUUUGCUGCAUUCUUAGAGUUACCACCAGCAGCCUUCAAACUGUUUGUUGAUUCUAUUUGUUGGGCUUUCAAACACAACAAUAGAGAUGUCGAGGUCAAUGGUCUACAAAUUGCGCUAGAUUUAGUUAAAAACAUUGAAAAGAUGGGUAACAUACCAUUCGCAAAUGAAUUUUACAAGAACUAUUUCUUUAUUUUUGUGAGCGAAACAUUUUAUGUUCUUACUGAUUCUGAUCACAAAUCAGGUUUCUCUAAGCAGUCGACUUUGUUAAUGAGAUUAAUAUCGCUUGUCUAUGAUAAUAAAAUUUCUGUUAAUAUAUACCAAGAUGGCGAAGCACCUCAAGGAACAACCAACCAAGUGUACUUAAACCAAUAUUUGGCUAACAUGUUGAGUAAUGUAUUUCCACAUUUGUCUGCUGAUCAAAUCACAGGGUUCUUGACUGCUUUAACAAAGCAAUACAAAGAUCAUAUCAAAUUUAAUGGUACAUUAAGGGAUUUCUUGGUUCAAAUUAAGGAAGUUGGAGGUGACCCAACGGAUUACCUAUUUGCCGAAGAGAAAGAAAACGCUCUACAAGAACAGCAUAGAUUGGAGAAGGAAAGAGCAGCUAAAAUUGGUGGUUUACUAAAACCAUCAGAAUUGGAUGAUGAAGACGAUUGA